AACCUACACCCGCCUUCAACCGUAAACACUGACAGAUGAUCAGCUUCUACUUCACAAAAGUCUGAAACAGUAACGUUAGAGAAAGUUAUUUGAUAUUGUGUAUUUCUUAGGGUUGUUUUGUCUCUGCUUACAGUAAUGUCACCCCGUUCGUUUAAGUUAAACACUCCUAGUUUAUAUUAACUUUAUACACACAAUACUAUGCUGUCACGAUGUUUAAUCGCUGAGAUAUGUCGGUAGUAAGUUUACAGUUAGGUCAGUGUGGAAAUCAAAUAGGACACGAGCUAUUCAGUGUCCUAAGCGAUGAUUCAAAUGGACCAAACAGAAAGAAGUACAAGCAAUGCAGCGACGAGAGAUUCUUCUAUGAAAACUCCACUGGAGAGCUCGUGGCACGGUCAGUACUUGUUGAUAUGGAGCCGAAAGUAAUUUCUCAGGCCAUAGCCAAGGCUUCAAAAUCUGGAAGAUGGAGAUAUGGAGACAAAGCACAUUUCUCCCAGAAGCAGGGCUCUGGAAACAACUGGGCUAAUGGGUUCUGUGUUCAUGGUCCUCGUCACAAGGAGGCCGUGGAGGAUCUGGUGCGGAUGGAGGUGGAGCGCUGUGAUCGUCUGGCCGGAAUCUUCACCAUGAUGAGUGUUGCAGGUGGCACUGGCUCUGGUGUGGGCACCUACAUCACUCAACGUCUGAGGGAUCUUUACCCACAGUCCUUCAUCCUAAAUCAAGUGACCUGGCCGUAUGGAGCUGGUGAGGUGAUCGUGCAAAACUACAACUCUGUUCUGACACUGUCUCAUCUCUACCAGCUCUCUGAUGCUAUUCUGGUUCACGAGAAUGACACGGUGCACAAAAUCUGCAGCCGGCUGAUGAACAUCAAGCACAUCUCCAUCAGUGACAUGAAUAAAGUCAUCUCUCACCAGCUGGCCAGCGUCCUUCAGCCUGUUUACACCGCUCAUUCACCCGACUAUUACAGCAGGAACCCCAUAGGGGAAUUGCUGACUUCCUUGGUGUGUCACCCAGAGAACAAACUGCUCAGCUUGUGUAAUAUUCCUCAAAUGUCCAGCACGUCACUGGCCUAUAGUGUGUUUAACUGGCCUGGUUUGCUCAAGCAUCUGCGUCAGAUGCUAAUUGCUAGUGCUAGGAUGGAGGAAGGGAUUGACUGGACGGUGAAUGUUCCAUCAGUGGUUCCAUCUGGAGCAGAAAGUGUGACAAACAUCAGGCAUAAAAGUUUCAAUUUGUCACUGGCUAAUCUUUUAAUACUCAGAGGGAAAGACGUGUCUACUGCAGUUACAGAUGGUUUUAAGGAUCCCACGUUAUAUGUGCCGUGGCUUAAAGCAGAGAAUUGUUUCAGCACAUGGAGCUCUCCUAUACCCUUCAAUGGAUAUGAGAAGUCGGCCACUUUGGUUAGUAACAGCCAGUCGCUUCUGAAACCCCUGGACAAUAUAGUUAGAAAGGCUUGGAACAUGUUUGCAUCAAGGGCCUACAUUCAUCAGUAUACAAAGUUUAGAAUCUCCGAGGAGGAUUUUCUGGACAGCUUUACUGCACUAGAACAGAUCAUCUCCAGCUACACACACCUUUGAUUUAUAUUAUCAAUCAAACUACUUUUGACUAACAAAACUACUUUUGCAUGAUGCCAGUUGAGUGGAUUCUGCAGCAGUUGUAUUUAAAAGAUGAUUAAAUUUGUCCUUUUGUGUUAAAAUAUUUAUUUUGCUGUUAAGAAAUUAUACAUUUAAAUAAAAUUUAAAAAUCAGCAACGUAA